AUGGCUUCACUAUACCGCCAAACAUAUAUUCUGACAAAGAAAAAUCUUCGUAUUGUCGCGUUACGGCAUAGCACCUCUACCAUCUUCAGAGCCUUCUUUCUCCCAGUCGCAUUCGCAUGGUUUUUGGCCUAUGCAAAAAAUCUGUUUAUCCCGGUUUCAAAAUUCGGGUUCGGGGACCCCGCUCCUAUAAGAGGUUUGGCCGACACAGUGGAUAAGAAACUACUUUUCGUGGACAACAACCUAGGACCAAUAGUGACCGACGUUAUCGAUCGAAUUGUACAGCCUGUACGUGAUGCAGGGCGGGCAGAAGUUGUAGUUCUUCGAAGUAAUGACGAGCUCUUUCAAGCUUGCCGGCCUAAUUUAGCUGGUCAAUCUAAUUGCUUUGGAGCUGUCGUAUUCAACGAGUUUCCGAGCGACGGUCAGGGCAAAUGGAACUACACGAUCCGGGCAGAUGCGGCCUUGCUAUUUGGAGCAGUUAGAAGUGAUAAUCAUGAUAACCCCGCCCAAAGGGUGAUUAUGCCGUUACAACUAGCUGUCGAUAAUGCUAUAAAUAAUUCUACUGUGAUACCUAAUGAAUUUCUUUAUACGUCACUAAGCGAGGAGGAGCGGAAGGAUCGUAUUAGAACUCGCUAUAUGGGUGCACUGAUAAAUGUUUUGGCUGUCGCAUUUUCAAUCUCAAUGGUGGGAGUUAGCUAUCACUUGACAGGAAUGUUGGCGACGGAGCGCCAAAUCGGUAUGAGCCAACUUAUCAACAGUAUGGGUGGGCGACAAUGGGCACGACUUCUGAGUCACCAUUUUGCCUUCUCCCUUGUCUAUCUUCCCGGAUGGAUUAUGAUAUCACUUGCAUUUGCAUUUGCAGUCUUCCAGAAAACCAAUGCCGGCAUUGUUGUCAUUUUCCAUAUCCUUACAGGAUUAGCUUUCAGUAGCCUGUCCCUUCUGGGCGGUUCGUUUUUCAAAAAAGCACAACUUUCUGGUAUCACAAUCGUCAUUGGGUCACUCCUUCUAGCUAUCGUGGCCCAAGUCGUCUCGAAGCUAUCGACCGGCGCCACAGCCAUCCUUGGAGUUUUAUUUACACCCAUGUCAUACGUUUACUUUAUGAUACUUGUGGCUCGUUUUGAAAGAGAAAACAUUGGGACGAAUUUGCUCGAACGGGCUCCCACGUCGAAGCAUACACUGCCUGGAAUUGUUUUCUUCGUCUUCUUAAUACUCCAGAUAAUCAUUUACCCUAUACUAGCUGCUUUUGUUGAGAGUUGGCUAUAUGGUACUGCUUCGCCUAAUAGGACAAUUGGAACGACAUCCGAGGAGAAUGCCAUUGAGAUUGAAAAGUUUACUCGCAAAUAUCCACCUAGCUGGUGGAGUCGCCGCUCCAAAGAAACUGUUGUCGCGGUCAAUGAUCUCUCUGUCAAUGUUAGGAAAGGUUGCAUUGUAUCGCUUCUGGGGGCGAACGGGAGUGGCAAGUCUACUACAAACAAUGCGAUCAGCGGGCUCGAUACGAUAAGUUCAGGAGAAAUUCGUAUAUCUGGUGUCAAAACAGACCUCGGAGUCUGUCCUCAAAAUAACGUUCUAUGGGAUGAUUUAAGUGUUCUUGAGCACCUUCGUGUGUGGCAAUACUUAAAAGUCGGAUACCUAAACACCGAAGAAAUCGAUGGAAUCGUGAAAAGCUGUGAUUUACUCCAAAAGAAAGACGCUCUUGCGAAAACACUCAGUGGCGGACAGAAACGUAAACUACAACUCGCAAUAAUGUUCAUCGGUGGUAGCAAAAUAGGGAUCGUUGACGAAGCGAGCAGCGGUCUUGACCCCUUAUCAAGAAGAAAACUUUGGGAUAUCAUUCUGUCAGAAAGAAACAAACGAACAAUUCUACUCACGACUCAUUACCUUGAAGAAGCUGAUUUCCUCUCCGACUAUAUCGUCAUCCUUAGCAAGGGUCAACUGAAAUGCACGGGAAGCUCCGCAGAGUUGAAAGCAAUAUACGGUGGAGGCUAUCGAGUUCACUGCUUCGACGAUAGUGCGCCCCCAAUGAUCGAGGGCAUCCCGGGGAAACAAUUAUAUGACCAGACAAUAUACCGUGCUGACGACACAAUUGGAGCGGGUACUGUUAUCAAGGCGCUCAACGACCUGGGAAUGAAGGAUUUCCACAUCAAUGGACCAACUAUCGAAGAUGUAUUCCUCAAAGUGGCACUCGAAACCGCAGCAGCCAGGGUAUCAGUUGCUGGCACCCAAGAGAAACAAUCAAAGGUCGAGCUGUCCACUGGUAAACGGGUCGGUAUGAUCCCACAGGCGUUGAUUAUGUUUCAAAAACGUUUGAUCAUAUUACGGCACUCCCUAUUUCCCAUGAUCACGGCGGUUCUAAUUCCGAUCCUCGCUGCCGGGAUUACACUGCGAUUUUUAAAGGGCUUUGAGGUUGCUUCCUGUGACCCAUCGGCAGCGAUGAGCAAUUUCGAAAACGUCAAUAUAUCUAGUUUGGACAUCGACGUGGACAUAGUCUUUGGCCCCCCGGAAUCUGUAGGGCUUCCGGCUGCUUUUAAGCUUCAAGAAGUCUUCGGUGGGUUUUCCGAGAGCCCAAUGGCCGGUUCCGAUGGAUUCGAUGUCCUAAGCCUUCUAAAUAAUACUCACGUGGUCAACUCGUACGAUUCCUUCAUCAGUCAAAUUAGGGACAGGUACAAAGAAGUUUUACCUGGUGGUUUCUGGCUCCAAGAUGGGGCGCCAACUCUUGGGUUCGUCGGCAACGACGGGGGGCUCUAUAAUGCCCUACUUGCGCUAAACAUCCUCGACAACCUGCGUGACAACGCUACCAUCAUUACAACGUAUACUAAUUUUGAUGUUUCCUUCGCACCCGGUACAGGGGACAGCCUUCAAUUCAUUACCUACUUUGCUCUUGGAAUGUCUGUCUUCCCAGCUUUUUUUGUGCUCUAUCCGACGCUUGAGAGACUGCGGAAUGUCAGAGCUCUCCAUUAUUCCAAUGGUGUUCGUGCCGGGAGCCUGUGGAUUGCCUAUACACUCUUUGAUUUUAUGUUCGUCCUGGUUAUCUCGGUCGUUGUUACAGUAAUCCUUGUGGCUAGUACAAGCGUAUGGUGGAAUAUUGGUCACUUAUUCGCGAUAUUACUUCUUUACGGCUUGGCUGCGGUCCUCUUCGCCUACGUUGUUUCCCUACUCGCCAAAUCGCAGCUUGCAGCUUUCGCCAUGGUCUCGGGUUACAAUGCUGUUCUAUUCCUUUUAUACAUGAUUGGAUACAUGUCAGUCUUGACAUACUCUCCAAUUGCGGACCAGAACAGAAACAUCAUUAUCGUCCACUUCGCCCUUUCAAUCAUAUCUCCAGUACCAAGUUUCGUUCGAGGGCUCUUCGCUUCGCUCAACCUCUUCCAAAUCGAUUGCCGUGAUGACGCAUUCGUGCCUCCUCAAGAUAUUAUUGCUUAUGGUGGCCCCAUCCUUUAUCUCGUUAUCCAGAUCAUCAUCUAUUUUUCGAUCAUGGUAUGGUGGGAGAGUGGGGCAUAUCGGCUCGAUACGAGACGAAUCCUCAGUAAGACAAAAGAUGCAGAACGGGAUGCCACUGAAACAGAUAAAGAAGUGUUUGAGGAAUUAAAGCGUGUCGAUAGCUCUACAUCUGACGGUUUACGGGUUCUCCAUGUCUCAAAAUCAUUCGGGAACGUCCAAGCAGUAGAGGAUGUCUCUUUUGGUGUUAAGCCCGGUGAGAUAUUUGCACUUUUGGGGCCAAACGGCGCUGGAAAAUCGACAACUAUUUCGAUGAUACGUGGGGUCCUUCGACCAGAUUCAGGCGAUAUUUUUGUCCAAGGGCUCAAAAUGCAUAGUAAAGAUAAACCCGAGGCGAGAUCUCAUCUAGGUGUCUGUCCACAAUUUGAUGCAUGCGACCAAAUGACGACUCGAGAGCACCUGCGGUUCUAUGCCAAAAUACGUGGUGUCGUCGAUAUCGAUCAUAAUGUCCAGGUUGUCCUCGACGCCGCCGGACUAACAGAGUUCUCGGAGCGUAUGGCCUGGAAACUUAGCGGUGGAAACCGGCGAAAGCUAUCUCUGGCGAUUGCAUUGAUGGGAAAUCCUAGCGUUAUGCUUCUAGACGAACCUUCGUCAUCUAUGGACUCUGCUUCUCAACGUCUUCUCUGGAAUAUUCUGAGAUCAAUCGCUCCAGGCCGCUCCCUACUCCUAACCAGCCAUAGCAUGUUGGAGGUCGAUGCUCUCGCAAACCGCGCAGGUAUAGUGUCUAGAAAGAUGCUUGCGGUUGGUACAACGGACUAUCUUCGAGAGAAACAUGGUAACCACUAUCAUAUCCACAUUGUGCUAAAAUCAUCUCCGAAUACACCCGACGAGGAGAUGGAGUCUGUGAAGUCCUGGAUUUUGAACAAUUUCCAAGGCGCAGAGGUGGAGGAUAAAUCAUUCCAUGGACAGACCAAAUUCAAAGUACCGUCUACCAUGAAAUUCGGGGACCGAGAAGCCACGGCCGAUGAUGGGAUUAGCAAAACGGACAGUCAGGAGGACAAUAAUAAGGCCAAACAAGGGAACAACACCAUUAAUACAUUAUUCCAGUUACUUGAGGAAAACAAAGAAAACCUCGGCAUCGACUUUUAUUCCAUUAGCCGAACAUCGAUGGAUGAAGUGUUCUUGAAUAUUGUUGGUGACGCUAACGUUAUCGAGGAGGGGUAUCAACUGGAACAGGAAGAGUCGAGGAAGAAGCCUGUUGUUAGAUGGAGGGGACGGAAGAGUAAGAAAGCCGAUGGUGUAUAG